AUGGCAAGGACUGGAAACAAGAACAUACAGGCCAAGCUGGUACUACUUGGGGACAUGGGGACAGGGAAGACAAGUAUGGUACUGAGGUUUACCAAGGGGCAAUUUUUUGAUUUCCAGGAAUCAACAAUUGGAGCGGCCUUUUUCACCCAAGUUUUGUCAUUAAAUGAGGCAACUAUUAAGUUCGAUAUAUGGGACACAGCAGGGCAGGAACGAUACCAUAGCUUGGCUCCAAUGUACUACCGUGGUGCAGCUGCGGCCGUUGUGGUAUAUGAUAUCACAAGCAUGGAUUCAUUUGAACGAGCUAAAAAGUGGGUUAUAGAAUUGCAGAGACAAGGAAAUCCAAAUUUGAUAAUGUUCUUAGUGGGCAACAAGGUUGACUUGGAAGAGAAGAGAAAAGUUGGAAAUGAGGAAGCUGAGCAAUAUGCUAAAGAAAAUGGAUUGGUGUUCCUUGAAACAUCUGCAAAAACUGCACAGAAUGUGAACGAGCUUUUUUAUGAAAUAGCUAAGAGAUUGACAAAAAAGGUCCCUUCCCGUCCAACCGGAAUGAAAUUGCAUAGGAGACCUCAAGAAACUGGAAGAAGAAGGCAGCUUCCCCGAUUCCCUCAAUUAUUUGUGCGGAUGUUGGUCUAUCAGAUUGAACUGCAUUGUGGGCCAUCAGAUUUGAAGAUUAAAGCUGCUCUCAAUGAAAAAUAG